AUGGCUACUUCUGAGAAUCUUACCGACAAAAAUCUUGUCUUAACAAAACUGAAAGCAAAACCUGAGAACAAGGAAUGCUUCGAUUGUAGUGCGAAGAAUCCGACAUGGGCAUCGAUCACAUACGGAGUUUUCCUCUGCAUCGAUUGUGCUACUACUCAUCGAAGUUUCGGUGUCCAUAUCAGCUUCGUCAGAUCGACAAAUUUGGACUCAUGGAGCCCUGAGCAGCUCAGGGCGUGA